CAAUGUAUCUCCUGCACAGCGUCAUCGCAUAGCUGUCACUCUGGCAAGCUCCAAUACUUGCUUUAUUACGAGGGACAAAAAAUACACAAUGAAGUUCAACGCAGUAAACGCAAUUAUUGCCUCACUGACUCUCGCGUUAGCGGUUGCUGCAAAUACCGAGAAGAUCAUUUUCCUGGCGCCCCCUGUCGACGUCAUACCACUCGCUUCGCCAUCGCUUCAAGAUCUCAAGCUUGACACCAUAUCGCCCCAAAAGCUAUCGAUUCAGAGAAACUUGACGCGUGUAUUUGGCGAUGGAGGUCAAGAUAAUUGGUAUCUACUCGAUAAUCUGACCGAAGGGAAGCGCUACGAGCUGCGCGUUUGCUGGGCGGCUACCGAACCAACGAAAUUUGACUUAGAUGUUUAUGUGCUCGACACUGUUUGGGAGACACCCGAGUUAAUAUCGUCAUUGGCAGCGUUUUCAAAGUCGCAACAAGAUCAAGCUGAACACCACGAGCCUCAGAUACGAACGCCAACUAAUGUAGACGCUGGAGAGAGGCACGCCUCUGUUUUCCUUCUAAGAAUCCGAUCCCAAGCCGAUUAUUAUAGUCAUGACAAGAGUCUUAUGGUCCAUCCUCGGCCUGUCCUUACCGAUAUUAUCCUCGAUCCAUAUUUAGCAAACGUGGUACCGGAAUCUCUGGUGCUCACGGGCAUCCAUGUGAUUGUGGUCGCUAUCACCAGCUUUUUCAUUGCUCGAUGGAUAUCGACAUCUCUUUCCUCUGUUGCAACAAGCAAAGCUGAGAAUCUAAAGAAGAAGAACUGAUACAGGAGCCUGAACAGGCCGAGUGGUGCACAUUGAGACCGAUGAUCGACAUAAUUGCUUGUCAAUUUUGAUUACAACGAACAUUGCCAAAGAUGCUCUGAAGUCUACGGGAUAUUCACUAGGCAGCUCUUCAUUAUCAUGAGAGAACAUCCCGACCGCUCCCCAUGCCAGCCAAAAGAGAAAGGAAAAGUGCAGACGCCCAAACGAUCCCCCCGCGGGUUCACGGUGUAUAUUUUCCCAGCAAAACAAAACAAAAAGAAAGCAGCCUUUCCAAAAAGAGACGGAACUUAGUAGUUGCUACCAUAUCCUUGACCCUGGCCCUGGUGACCACCAUACUGAGGUUGGCCGCCGCCGUACGAGUUAUAUCCGCCCUGAUGCUGCUGCUGGUUGUUGUGGCCGCCGUGACCUCCACCGUAGCUACCUUGCUGCUGGUGUGAAGAGUAGCCGCCAUGCUGCUGUUGCUGUUGAUACUGUUGUUGCUGUUGCUGCUGCUGUUGUCCAUGCUGUUGCUGCUGCUGCUGUCCAUACUGGUGACCAGAGGAAGAAGAAUGCUGCUGGCCACCAGGAGGAGGCGCCAACGGGUUAUAAGUAGGGGCUUCGCCAGAGUAAGAACCGCCCGUUCCCGCAUUCGAGUAUCCAUAGUUCUGUAGUAAAACGCCAGUUAGCAAAUCAUUCUAUAAAAAGUACAGCUUGAGUGGACACUUACACCUCCUCCGGAGCUCUCCUUGCCUCCAAACAUGUGGGCAACCUGACCCAUGACAGCGCCGGCUAGGCCACCUGAUGCAUGCGGCUUGUUGUUGUUCUGACCACCAUGAUAAUUUGAGGGGGCCUCAGGCUUCUGCGAAGGAGAGAACAAGUUCGAUGUCAACUGUCCAACGAGCUUGCCUCCAAUACCGCUGCUGCCACCACCACCGCUGCCACCACCACCGCUACCACCAUGUGGUUUGCCGCCCAAGAACUGGUUGGCGAGCUGACCCAGAGGCGAGCUACCAGACUUGCCGCCAAGUAGUGCGUUCAUCGCUUGUGUCUGUAUAUACGAGUUAGCAAAAAAGGAUGUCGCUGGGAAAACUGGUUAGGUGAAACACGUACUCCGAGACCUCGGUCGCCCGAGGGGCCAUCGAUACCUCUAGAACCAUCGGGCAUAACGGGCUCCAUUGUUCCGUCCGCGUGCUUAACUGUCUGCGAGCCGUCGGGAUGCGUGAUGAGUUCUGGUGUUGGUGCACCGUAAGGAUGCUCGCUGGGCUGUCCAGGUGUUGUACCAGUUUUAGCAGCCUGUGUAGGAAUCUCCCACUGAGAAACACCGGUAGCCAGCUGAACGUAGUAGUAUUUUUGGGUCGAGCCGUCCCACUGCGCAAUCCAGCCUGGUGGGAGCGAGGGUGGUGCAAACGUAGGACCUUCGGUGCCCGGGGAUGUUGGACCAGCCAUUUUGUACUAUGGCGUGAGUUCUGGGUUGAUUCGGUUGUUUGCCCUUUGGGGGUUAACUGUAUCCUUCAAUCUUCUCCCAGCGUAUAAAACGCAGCCACGGAUCUCGUCGACGUGCUGUUGGUCGUGUUCAAUUCCGUGGUUCCCAAAGUCUGCGGUGUUGUCUCGUUGCGC